AUGUUUACUUCUGUACAAGGUGACCAUUUCACGGCCAAGGACAUUGCCUUUGAGAACUACGCGGGUGCCGAGAAGCACCAAGCAGUAGCCCUGCGCGUGAGCGCAGACCUCGUUCUGUUCCACAACUGCCGCAUGGACGGGUACCAGGACACCCUCUACGCCCACACGUACCGCCAGUUCUACAGCAACUGCACCAUCACGGGCACCAUCGACUUUGUGUUCGGGGACAGCGCAGCCAUCUUCCAGGACUGCACGUUCGUUGUCCGCAAGCCCCUCCCCAACCAGAGCUGCAUCGUCACUGCCCAGGGCCGCAAGGACAUCCGCCAGCCAACAGGGCUCGUCCUCCAAAACUGCUCCUUCGUGGCUGACCACGACUACUUCCCCCUCCGCCACACCAACAAAGCGUACCUCGGCCGCCCGUGGAAGGAGUUCUCCCGCACCAUCAUCCUCGAGUCCUUCCUCGACGACCUCAUCCAGCCGCAGGGAUGGCUCCCCUGGAACGAGACCUUUGCACUCGACACACUCUUCUACACCGAGUUCAAUAACCGAGGCCCUGCCGCAUCCAAGGCGGGCCGGGUCACGUGGGCUGGGGUCAAGGAGCUGCCGGCGAGCAGGAUCCGACGGUUCACGGCCGACAAGUUCAUCGACGGAAAGCGGUGGGUGCCAGUGCAGGGGGUUCCGUACGCUGGGGGAUUCAUGCUCCCAGUGCCGGCCAAGGACGCGAAUGCCGGGGCCUACUCGCCCGUGGUGCCUGAGGAGGACAAGGACAUAGGCGGGUCCAAGGACAAAUCGGACUCGCGCCAGCGCCUACAGUGUGCAGCCGAGUACGACCUACACCUCCAGAGCGCCCAACAACGCGCCUGUGUAACCAGCCUUUCUCGGUUGUGCCCGGCAGCAUCCGGUAACGCCAAAGACCGUGACAGUGGUGCUAGUACUAACCCGAGCACCCGUGUGGCUAGCAACUGUGGUCCGGUGCAUUUGGCAGAAACCAGCCGCGUCUAG